GUUCAUUUGAACACUUUAGAACCCAUCAGAAUCACCUCUAGUUCCAUCAAAAUCACCUCUCUAGCUAGGGAGGGCUAAACGGUGGCCCAAAAAUAUCUUAGUAUAUAUACAUAUUCAAGAAUAUGCUAAACUAUAAAAGUCUACCUUAGAUAUUAAGUUUUGGCUCUAGCUCCACUAAGAAUGUGUACUCUAAACUUUUAGUUCCAACCACAGUACGACACAUCCGCUACAAAGUAGUGUUAGUCUUCUUGUAUGUGUAGUACAUUACUGUGCGUAGUAGAUGUUAUUUUUCUAGGUACACAUUUCUAAGUGAAAGUUAAAGUCAAUCAUAGAUAUAUUUUGCUUGGCUAAAAGAAAGUGAAAAAAUGUACCACUAUUUGGAUUUCAUAUAAAAAUCUAAACAAAUGGAGUGGACUUGAAAUAUUUAAGAAUCAAGGAAAGUACUUGUACGAGUCUUUCGAAGGGAUGGAUGCCUUCACUUUAUUUCCCAAUAUACAUAGAAAACAUACAUAAGAACAAGCACGGGAGUGAUACGGGGACCUAUGAUGUAGAGGGCAGGCAAGUAUUCCUUUCCAUUGUUAGGCUGUAUUUGGUUUCAAGGAACUUAGGAAGGUGUGUGAGUGGUUUUGACAUUACAUUUCAUGUGCUCAGGUUUCUUCCUGUGAACUUUGAGAACAUCUUCAGCAAGUAUGCAAGGACGGUGCCGGACAAGCUGACGUUAGGAGAGCUGUGGGAGAUGACGCAGGGCAAUCGCAACACGUUCGACGUCUUCGGGUGGGUCACAUCCAAAUUGGAGUGGGGAAUUUUGUAUCUUCUCGCCAAAGACAGCGAUGGAAUGCUAUCUAAAGAAGCCAUCAGGCGAUGCUUUGACGGGAGCUUGUUCGAAUACUGUGCGAAGAUGCAAAAGGGACGAGAAGCUAAGAUGGAAUAAACUGAUGAAUCACAAACAACCUUACCAAUGUUUAUAGCUCAGGAUCCUCAUAACCAACCUUAAUAAAAGGAAGUCUUGUACCCAGUCAUACCGGUUUAUGUUUGAUAUGAUACAAGUUUUCAUGUGCGACUUACAUCAGCUUUCAUUUGGAAUUUUCAUUCUAGGAGGUUUUGUGAUAUUUCAUGUUUCUAUGCUGUAAUCAGUCUUCACAACGGCAUGCCCUUUGUGAUGGAACUGUAGUCUUUUUAAGCCAAU